CUCUCUCCUUCCCUCCACCCCCCGCAUUGUUCCCGGCUCGCCGGGCGGGAGGAGGAGCAGGGCCAAGGGCCAACAUGCGGGCUGCUCCCCGGCGGGAAGGCAGGAAUUGGGACCGUGCCCCGGGCUGGGGGAACCUCCUGUCAUGUUGGGCGAGCUGCUGCUCUUCCAGGUUGCCUGUGGAUCCUUCUUCUUCCCGGGCUGCCAGGGCAGGGUGUACCCCGGGAGGAAGAAACCGGCCAGCUUUGCCGUGGAGAGGCGCCGCGUGGGGCCCCACGUCUGCUUCUCAGCCUUCGGCAGCGGAUGUUGUCCCGGCUGGAUGCUGGCUCCGGGCAGCGGGCACUGCACCCUACCUCUUUGCUCCUUCGGCUGCGGCGGCGGCGUCUGCGUCGCUCCCAACCUCUGCUCCUGCCCGGAUGGGGAGCGGGGCAUCACCUGCCCAGAGCCCCCGGGGACGUGUGGGGAGUACGGCUGCGACCUCUCCUGCAACCACGGCGGGUGCCAGGAGGUGGCCCGUGUCUGUCCCCUCGGCUUCUCCAUGGCGGAGACGCCCCACGGCGUCCGCUGCACCGACAUCGACGAGUGCCUGAGCGCUGCCUGCGAGGGUCCCUGCGUCAACACCGAGGGGGGGUUUGUCUGCGAGUGCGGCCCCGGGAUGCAGCUGGCUGCCGACCGCCACAGCUGCCAGGACACGGACGAGUGCCUGGCCACGCCGUGCCAGCACCGCUGCAAGAACAGCCUGGGCAGUUACCGCUGCUCCUGCCGGCCCGGGUACCACCUCCACGGGAACCGACACUCCUGCCUGGAUGUCAACGAGUGCUGGUGGCCAGGGGAGCGCCGGGCCUGCCAGCACGGCUGCCACAACACCCCGGGCAGCUUCCUCUGCUCCUGCCGCCCCGGGUACCGGCUCCGCCCCGACAGGGUCUCCUGUGAAGGCUAUCCCAAAUCCAUCCUGGCUCCAUCGCCCAUCCUACAGUCCCUGCAGCAUCCGCCCACCCUCGUCCUGCUCCCGCCCAGCUCCGGAGGGUCCCUCCUGCUCCCCAGGGGUUCCCCCUCAUCCCACCUCCCCGCCGCAGCUCCGGGUACCCAGCUCCCUCCCUCCGAGCUGUCCCCGGCCACCGAGCUGUCCCCACACCCCGUGGGAGCCCCUGGUACCUCCCCCCCAUCAGCCCCUCGCUGUUGGUACCGGGGGGUCCCCCGGGAGCCCGGUGCUCACUGGAUGGAGCCUGGGGGGUGCCGGAGCUGCUCCUGCCAGGGGGGACGAGUGCUCUGCAAAGCCACCAGCUGCCCCGUCACCUGCUCCCACCCCCUGCCCGCCCCGGCCGGGGGCUGCUGCCCCAGCUGUGCAGGGUGCCUGCACGAGGGGGUGGCCCGUGCUGAGGGUGAUGUUUUCUCCCCAUCCGAUGGGAAUUGCACCGUCUGCAUCUGCCUGGCUGGGAAUGUUUCCUGCAUCUCCCCCGAGUGCCCCCCAGGCUCUUGCCCCAGCCCCUCGGCAGCUGACUGCUGCUCCUGCCAGCCAGCAAGGUGCAUUUUUCGGGGCCACACGUACCCACACGGUGCCCGGUUCAGCCUGGAUGGGGACGACUGCACCACCUGUGUCUGCAGGGGUGGUGAGGUGGAGUGCUCCUUUGCCCCCUGCCCCGUGCUGGACUGUCCCCAGCACCAGCAGCACCUGGGCCCAGGGCAGUGCUGCUUCACCUGCAGGGACCCCCCGGCCCCCGCCGGUUGCUUGGUGGAUGACAACGGGGUGGAGUUUCCCAUUGGACAGAUCUGGUCUCCGGGCGAUCCCUGUGAGUUAUGCAUCUGCCAGGCAGAUGGUUCCGUGAGCUGCAAGAGGACGGAUUGUCUGGAGACUUGUCCCUACCCCAUCCGCAUCCCCGGGCAGUGCUGCCCCGACUGCUCAGCAGGCUGCACCUACAUGGGUAGGAUCUUCUACAACAACGAGACCUUCCCCUCUGUCCUGGACCCUUGUCUCAGCUGCAUCUGCCUGCUGGGCUCAGUGGCCUGUUCCCCCGUGGACUGUGCCAUCUUCUGCACCUACCCCUUCCACCCCGAGGGCGAGUGCUGCCCCGUCUGCAAGGACUGCAAUUACCAGGGCAGGAAGGUGGGGAACGGCCAGACCUUCACCCCCGAGGGCCAGCCCUGCACCCGCUGCACGUGCCAGCUCGGGGAGGUGAGCUGUGAGAAGAGGCUGUGUCCCCUGUCCUGUGCCGAGCCGGCCGCCCUGCCCUCCUGCUGCCCACCCUGCCAAGCCACGGACGUCCGGCUCCCCCUGCAGAGCACUGACCUGUCCCUGUCCCCCUCCCCAGCCCACGAGGACACCCCCCCUGACACCCCACACCCCAGCCCCCCCCCCACAUCGACCCGGCCCUCCCGGCACCGACUGGCCCUGCUCCUGCUCCCCAACACAGCCCCCCUGGGCAGCUCUCUGGGAAGUGCCAGGGCUGGGGAGCACCCCCCGAGCACACUGAGCCCCCCCGGGCACCCAUCGGCAGCUGCUCUGCCCCCCCGGACCCCCCCCGAGCCCACAGCCCCCCCAGCUCCCACAGGGUCGAGCCCCAAGGUGCAGGGAGCCCCCGGGGAUGCCGACCCCUCUGCCAUAGGGCACGUGGCUCCCUAGGGCAGGAGGAGGAUGAAGAGGAGGAGGAUGAAGAAGGA